AUGGGAAGACUAAGAAGAUCAAGAACUCAUAAAGGUAUUAGGGAUCAAUAUAGAAAACAGCGAACAAGGAAUUAUACCAAAGAUUUAGAUCAAAUUCAUAAAGAUUUGAAAGACUUGAAAGAGUUAGAUGAGCAAAUGGUACAAAACCAAGAAUCGGAUCCAGAUUUGCCAGGAUUUGGAAAAUAUCCUUGCAAAACACUAGGUAAACGAUGUUUUAUUUAUAAUCUUCAAAUGGUUAGACGUUAUUUCAUAAAUCAAAAGGCCCUUGAUGAACAUAAUCGCGAAGUUCCUUAUACACAAUCUGAAGCCGAAGCAGCCGUUGGUUAUUCUACAGAACAUUCAAGAAUUAAAGUAAUGAAAGAUAUUAGUUAUUAA